AUGGUUCAACUCCCUGGUGUGGUGACUGUCGCCUUUCUCCUCGCCGCUUUUCUUCCUUGGGCGCUCGGGAUCCGUGUAGAGCACGACGCAGCCCCGAGUUCUCUACCGACUUGGCGCAACACUUCGUCCGAAGAGCUCCGAAGCUUGCUGCUGGAAGAGCUCGCCAAGGAAGAGUCGUUGAAGACGCCCUCCGGAGGAGCUGGCUGGGCCUGGGCGCAGGGUUUCACACAUGCAAAGCAACAUCUGCAGCGCAUGCAUGCAAAGCAACAUCUGCAGCGCAUGCUGUGGGGCGGAGAAUCCGUUGCAAAGGCGUCGCACGACGAGACUUCGUUGAAGGAGCGGAUCGGAAGUAUCCGAAAUGCCUGGGCGGAGGGCGGUGUCUCAGGCUGCUUCCGGCAGCUCGGCAACGUGAUCGCCAACCUGACAGCCGCCUGUGAAGAACGGAACCCUCAAGAGCACUUUGUGUUUCAGUAUUACACACCGCCGCUCCCAAAGAAGACUUGCAAUGAGAGCGUGGACGACAUCUUCGUCCGUGGCAGUGCUUUAGUGGAGGCCAUGCAGGUUUCGAUCGACGACUUGGCAUCCCUCAAGCUGGACGGAGGCACCGUGGCCACGGUCCAUGCGCUCUACUUCCUGCGGGCCUGGCUGAUCCCCCUUGCCCGAACACACAGCCCUGCCAUGCUGUGGGUCAUUAACAGCAACGAUGACCUAGUGGACUGCUACAAAGAAGCCACGCGCCAGCUGCUGACGAACAUGUGGGCAAUUGCCAGCAUGAGCUUCGUCUUAGGCAUGAUGGAGAGGCGACAAAGCACUGUUGUCGCCUUGGUCAACAAGGACAUGGACGGCGAGCGGGCACUUCAAAAGGCCGUUUUGUACGAACAUGAGAUCCCGACACUGGGAGUGGCUGCUUACGGCCUUGGCUACUGGUCGCCCCAAGUUCUGCUCAUCGACAUGCAGGGCACAUGCUCGCAGACCAGCCCGGCACUCCAGCGGCAGCUCUUGUCUCGCUUGGGCGCAUGGGUGAAGGUGAAGCAGGAGCAGCACUGGCGAUUGCAGGACUUCGUUCACCGAUCGAGGCUACAUUGGCGAUGCCUCGACUGUGCGAACGCUGAAACUUGCAACUUGGACUCUGCUUUGGCCCAGCAAGUGACGCAGCUGGUGGAGGAGAAGCAGCUGAAGAGCCAGACGGGCCAAGAGCUGCUGCUUGCAGUGGAGCAUCCCGGCAUGAACCAGGCCCGAGCUGAUGCAGAGGCUGCGAAUGAGGAGGAAAGGGACGUUUUAAAGAAGUUAGAAUUGAGCCUUCUGAAGAUGCACCGAUUUCAGGAAGCUGAGCACGUGUACGAGUACUACACAAUGUUCGGCAAGGGCCUGAUGUACAAUUCAGCUGACCAGGGCCGUGAUUUGCAGGACCUGGUUCGGAAGGCAGAUGCCAACACUGCCGACCGAUCCGGCCAAACAGUCCUGCAUGCAGCUGCCAGCAGGGGAUACUCGGAGUUGGUGGUGCUACUCCUGGAACACCGGGCAGAGGUCAAUGAGCCUGCUCGUGGUUGCUCUACGCCCCUUCACGGCGCUGCCCUGCAGGGCCAUUUGAAGGUGUCAAGACUUCUCAUCGAGCAUAAGGCCUGCGUCAAUUCCCGCAAUGAGCGCUUACAGACGCCGCUCCAUCUGGCUGCAGGGAGCCAGAAACCCGGCGGCUCCCAGGUGCUCGCAUUGCUCCUCGAUCAGAAGGCAGAAGUCAAUUCCCGCGAUGUCAACGGCGACACACCCCUGCACAAGAGUUCUCAUCGCGCAAUCUUUAAUCCUGCUAUGGUGGGACUGCUCCUGGCACACAAGGCGGAGGUAUCUCCUAGCAACGUGUAUGGCGGUACACCUUUGACAUAUGCUGUUGGCCCCACAAGGGAUCUGUUGUUGCAGCACGGAGCGACGCCGUUCGGACUGUCUGGCUCUUAG